AUCUGGAGACAUCCAUCUCCUGCAUGAGCUGUGUCAGCGAGCGGGGUUGAUGCUGUCGCCUCUUCUGUCCUGUCCUCGCGCGCCUCCGCUUCUGCAGGAUGGGAUGAAGUCAGACAGCUGGGGAGGGAGGUGAAAGAGGGGUGCGAUGAUUUUAAUAACGAUGUUGACUUAACCGGAAUAUGACACUGCAGUUUAUGCAAGGCAAUCUGGGACGACGACACCGGGAGGAGGAGAAAAUGCUAGAUUUAAUCAAAUCGGUGUCUGUUUUUGUUGUCACCCCUGCACGUCUGCCUGGAGAAAAACAGACAAUUGAAACACACCUCGCAGGCCUCUUCUAAAUAAAUUUAAAAACAUGGAUGAAGAGAUCGGGUCGAACAAACAGCUGUUGAAGCCUCCUGCUGUGCCCUCUGACCUGCUGAGUAAUGCGCCACCGGCCGCUUGAGGGCAUUCGUCCUCUCUGCAACCUGUCGAAGCUUAUGGGAUAGGAGUGCUCCCCGCCAACCCACCUUUCCCAUCCCUGCAGCACCACUGGAGCCAUUUGUGCCAAAGCUGAACUGUAUUGACGGAGAAGCUAUGGGCAGCCCAGGCAGUGAAGUGGAUGUUGCCGGGCCAGUGGAGCCAGCGCUGGAGGCCCUGUGUCCAGAAUGUGGCCAGAUCCACCGCAGCUGGGAGAACCACCUGUAUAAUUACCGCCUGGAGGUGGAUGACGACCUGGUGUGCCACAUCUGCCUGCAGCCUCUGGUGCAGCCUCUCGACACGCCCUGCGGGCACACCUUCUGCGCCCGCUGCCUGCGCAGCUUCCUCCAGGAGAGGGACUUCUGUCCUCUGGACAGGACACGGCUGCAGCUGCAGGCCUGCCGCAGAUCCAGUAUCCUGGUGCACAAGCUGCUGGACAAGCUGUCCGUGUCCUGCCCUCUGAGCCCUGUCUGCUCUCUCAGCAUGCCACGAUGUGACCUCGAGGCACACCUCAAACACAGGUGUCCUGGGACUCAUUGCCAACAGACGAAUGUGGACGGUCCGCGAUGUGAGAGUGGCGACGAGCAAGGAAUGGUGGCCAGCCCCCCAACGUCGCCUCAUUCCCCACAGACGGACCUGAGGGACCAAACGCCCUCGCCGAACUCCGGACAGAGUAACACUAAUGGUCCUGCGUGGACCAAUGACGCUGGCCUCGACAACCCUGCCUUUGAAGAAAGCACCGAAGAAGACAGUGUGGUGGGGUUGGAGUGCGUGGUCCGCAGGGUGAAGCGGCCCCUCAGUAACCCUUGCAUCCACCUCCUCCGUUCUGUCAGCUCCACCUCUUCUGGCUGGGACUGUCCCGAAUCUCCACCUCUAUCAGCUGAGGAAGGCUGUGUUAAGUUGCCCUCCCUCCCUGAAGGAGAGAUAACCACCAUAGAAGUCCACCGUUCCAACCCCUAUGUUGAACUGGGAAUCAGCGUUGUUGGUGGAAAUGAGACGCCUCUCAUCAACGUCGUGAUUCAGGAAGUGUACCGAGACGGGGUCAUUGCACGAGACGGCAGGUUGCUGGCCGGAGAUCAGAUACUACAGGUGAACAACGUGGACAUCAGUAAUGUGCCACACAGUUUUGCCCGCUCCACCCUGGCGCGGCCUUGCACUACCCUACAGCUGACUGUGCUUCGGGAGCGUCGCUGUGCUUCUCGGGCUCCUCCCUCUUCAUCUUCCUCCUCCUCCACACCGGCCGUGCCCCACGCCCCCUGCUCCACACCUGAGGGCACCCCUUCCAGCCCUGCCGCGCUCAGAAUCACACUCCACAAGCGAGACUCCACAGAGCAGCUCGGCAUCAAGCUGGUGCGGCGGACGGAUGAAUCAGGAGUAUUUGUGUUGGAUCUCCUGGAGGGAGGCCUGGCAGCAAAGGACGGCAGACUGAGGAGUAACGACCGCGUGUUGGCAGUCAACGACCAGGACCUGCGCCACGGCACACCUGAGCAAGCUGCUCAGAUCAUUCAGGCCAGCGGAGAGCGAGUCCACCUGCUGAUCGGACGAGCCACCAAACCGACUCCACCCCCACCGCCAAAAUCCAGCUCAACCAGAGACCUCUACUGCCUUGAACACUUCCUGCCUAAUCACAGCUCCACUCCGAGUCCUGUGCCGGUUCACCUGUCCCGAACCAGCACACACAGAGAUCUGUCACAGUGUGUGUCAUGUAAGGAGAAACACAUCACUGUAAAGAAGGAACCCCACGAGUCCCUAGGAAUGACUGUAGCUGGUGGGCGGGGCAGUAAGAGUGGCGAGCUGCCCAUCUUUGUCACGAGCGUCCAACCCCACGGCUGCUUGUCGAGGGAUGGGCGAAUCAAAAGAGGUGACGUCCUGCUGAGCAUCAACGGCCAGGACCUGACCUACCUGAGCCACAGCGAGGCCGUGGGCACCUUGAAGGCCAGUGCUGCUUCGCCCUCAGUUCAGCUGCGGGUGUUGGAGGUCAGCAUGGUGGAGGAGCACGACCAUGACGAGCUGCUGGCUCACACUCACGACAGCGACUUUGAUGCCAAUUGGUCCCCGUCAUGGGUCAUGUGGCUGGGCUUACCUAGCUACCUGCACAGUAGUCAUGAAAUCGUGCUGCGAAGGAGCCACCCGGGCAGCUGGGGCUUCAGCAUUGUCGGGGGUUACGAGGAAAGUCACGGCAACCAGGCGUUUUUUAUCAAGACCAUCGUCCUUGGCACACCCGCGUAUUACGAUGGACGCCUCAAGUGUGGGGACAUGAUAGUGGCGGUCAACAGCCUGUCGACUGCAGGAAUGAGCCAUUCGGCGCUAGUUCCCAUGCUGAAGGAGCAGCGAAGCCGGGUGGCCCUCACUGUGGUCUCCUGGCCCGGCAGUCUGGUGUAACUAGGACAGAACGUUCUAUAUUGGGAAUAACCUUGGCCAAAGUGAAUUGGUACAUGUUACUGUACAUCGCUCCAUACUGGGCUUAAUCCAGGACCAAAAAGCACUCAGAACCGUGGUGGACCCAGAGGGUUCCAGAUUGUGCCACAACACCUGACAGACUGCUCAUGAAACACGCUGCUGUGUUCAUAUGGUCAUGUCGUUUUCGUUCCUGCAGGGAGAACGGUACUGCAACUGUUAGGCAACUCGUGCCACGUUCACCUCACCGAGCAGUUGUAGCAUCCAGGGCUGCAUCCAGACGGAGGCGUUGCUGCAGGAAAAUAAAGACUUCUUUAAUCUAGCUGCAGCAGCAAUGCUUCCUUCAGAAUGAGCCUCAGGCCUUAUUAGAAACCUGCCGCAUCCUGGGGGC